UUUAACCAAGUUUUUUAAAAAGGGGAUAGGUGUAGGCACGCAUGACGUCCAGCACCAACACGCGUUGCAGUGAUAGCCUUUGUGAUUGGUGAACCGAACCACAUCCCCACAGUAUAUCUGUUUGUAAGAAUGGCACAUUAAACGUGUCCCUAUCCCCAACUCUCUCUAACACGUACCCAUCCUUUUCUCUCCAUAUGUCCUUCUUCCUUAAAUAUUCGCCUCUCUCUUAUUGGCUCUUCACUCUCCUUAUUAUAACCAACCUUCUCUUUGUUCUCUCGACAUCUCUCGUCUUCUUUCUUCUUCUUGUAGUGAUUUUUGAAUUUUUUUACACCAUGAUAAAGAUACUUAGCUCUCAUAACUCGCACCAUUCUCACUCAACCACCACAACUCUUAAAACAGCUGAGAUCUUGUCCAAAUAUAGACCCAUUGCUCCUAGGCCCGGGACGACCCAAGCUAACGAUAAUGAUUCUUCUUCUUUCAUGUCUCACAAGAUCAACCAAUCUCCUUACCUUCGUCACCUCUGGCCACAGCUUCAAGCUCGUCCUACGAGAACCCGCAAGCGAGGUAGAGGCGGGAUAGGUCCAACGUCUCAUCUCUCGUUGAAGAGACCCAAGUCAUUAGCUACGUCUGCCAAAACUCCUACACAGCGGGUGUUUGGCCCUAUUAAAACGCUGGCGUUUCAGGCUCUCUCUCAUGCGGGGCUACCUAACCUUACUACACAAGUUGGCUACGCCUUGAAGAAUGGUGGAUCUCCUGCUUUGGUGACUCUGCCUCUUCUUCAAUGCUCUCCUCUUUCCUCCAAAUGCAUGGAGCCAGAGAUCAAAGAAAAGGGUCUGAUUGAUCUGAACAAGAGCGUAGAGACGAUAAAAGAGAGAGAUUUCUUGAAGCAACUACAAGGACCCAUCAGAACAACAACAGCAGCAACAGCAGCAAGCAGAGUCAUAACUCCACAACCCAUAAGACCGGUGUGCUCAAGGAUCAACGUAGCAUGCAUAAACCCACUAAGCAACCCAUCUCAAAUCAGCAAGAAAUCACCACAAGAGGUGGAAGAAGAAGUUGAAUCCGAUGCGCUGCCCGCUAUAAUCUCCGAUUCAAACAACAGGGUCAGACUCGUGAACUCAGCAUACAAGGAAAUGAUGGGGCAACCAGAGUGCUCGUGGCUAGAUUCAAUGGUGAAAGUGAAGAGGAUAUGUGGUGAAGUGGUGAUACAAUUCUGUGAAUCCAAGAUUUCAGAGAACAAUAAUGGAUAUUCAUGCUGGGUGAAGAUAGAGUGGGGAAGAGACGGUAAGGAGGAGCUUGUGCAUGCGUUCUGCGAUGUAAUGAAACGUGAGUGCGACUCCAAGGAUUAUGUCUUUACGUGGAGGUUUCACAUAACCGCUAAAGAAGCUUGUCAGCCAAGCUACAAUGCUUAAUUAGGUUUUAGAGUAUCCGUGUUGUUCUUUUAAUGCU